UCCGAGCCUGUGUCUAUCCUGACUCCGAUUUUCAGGGAGGACUCCAAUCCGUGUUUUGUAUCUUUCCUUUCCAACCCCAGCUGACUGGCCGCUCUUGUUUACUGGCAAAAAGAUACAGAGUGAGACUGAGUGAGGUACAGCGGACAAGGGGGGGAAAACAUACAAGUUUUAAUCUUUUUGCAAAUCCUCAAGGCUUGUUUAUCUUGCUGUUCCGCGUCUCGCAGUAUUUUCUCAUAAAAACAAACCAUUGAGAGGAGACCGCCUGGAUUCGGAUAUAUAUCCAAACAAAAAGGAGAAAUAUCAUUUCUGUUUGUAUUUUUUUUUUCUCACACUUUCAACCACUGUGGUGGGAGCAACUACUGCAAUGGUUUUAUUUGUAUUGUGAAAAAGGAUUGCAAAUUUCCAUUGUUUUCUGGUGUGUUUUUUUAAACAAUCUAUUUGGGAAAAUAGCCAAGGAGUUGAAAAGGAAACAUUAAAAAAAGGAAGGACUUUUUUUUUUAAUGAAAAGGGAAAAGCAAUCUAUUUUUUUUUUUUUUAAACGAAUGAUUUCCUGACGAUUGAUGGGAUGGGUUGUGUUUUUAAGGGACGUUUUAGCACAAUGAUUUCCCCUUGAUAAGGAAAUUGAGAAAAAAAAUCAAGUGUCGUGGGAAAAUAACUGUGUUACUAUAAAAGAACAGUAGCUGGUGGAUACAGUUUUAUGAGGCUUUACGAGCACAAGAAGUACAGCAGAAUGUUACAAAGAUUUGAAAUAAGAAAACACACACAGCAACUAAUGAAAAUUUUAUGAAAAAGUUGAACUAUUCCGUGUGGAAUAGGAGACUAAAACAUUUUUAAAUAGUUUUUUUUUUCUUGUUUGUGACUAAUUUGCCCGCAGCAGAAGCUUCUGAGGCUUGGUUAACACAACUAGAAUAUAUUCUGGAGAAAAUACAGGGAUUUGCCACCCCUUUCGGACCUCCUGACUAAGAACAGUUGGUAGUGUGGGAUUCGUUUUUUUUUUCUCGAGUCUAGGAGGAUUUUCUCAAACAAACUUCAAGAGAGAAAUCUGAAGAAAAAUCCACAAUCACUUUGCAAUUUUAAAAAUGAAACACUGGUUUUGCCUUAUCGUCCUCAAAAACCAAGAUGACUUAAAAUAGUGUGAAUUUAAUCUGAAAAAAUAAAUAAAUAAAUAAAAUAUAUAUUUAUAGGCUAUAUAUUGUUUUUAUUAAACAAGUUGUGCCUUUCCCCAACCCACCCCUUUUUGGUGGGGUGAUUUCUGAUUUAUUUUUGUUUUAAAAUACAGCAUAUUCGCAAGAAUAUUAGUUUGUUUUUUAAAACACCUUUUUGGAGUUAUUAAUUUUCCACGUUUUUGGAUUAAAGAAACCUAUUGGGGCCAGGAUGCGGCUGAAGAUUUCAGCGCUUGUUUUGGUCACUUUAUUCUACGUUUUAAGCAACUCCGGUCAAACAGAUGGGGAAAUUUGCCGGAGUAUGGACAUCCGGAACAACAUCACCCAUCUGCACAUGAUCGAGAACUGCACCGUGAUUGAAGGUCACCUGCAAAUCCUGCUCAUGUUUAAGACGAAACCCUCGGAUUUCAGUGGCCUGCGGUUCCCCAAGCUCGUGAUGAUCACGGACUACCUGCUGCUGUUUCGUGUCUACGGGCUGGAGAGUCUCCGGGACCUCUUUCCCAACCUGACGGUCAUCCGGGGCACCCACCUCUUCUUCAACUACGCCUUGGUCCUCUUCGAGAUGCUGCAGCUCAAAGAGAUCGGGCUGCACAGCCUCAUGAACGUGACGCGGGGGGCCGUGCGCAUCGAGAAGAACCCCGAGCUCUGCUACCUGUCCACUCUCGACUGGUCCAAGAUCCUCGACUCGGUGGAGGACAACUACAUCGUCUCCAACAAGGACGAUCGCGAGUGCGGAGACGUCUGCCCCGGCACCAUCAAAGGCAAGGGCUGCAUCCAGACCGCCUUCAACGUCCACUUCGGAGAGCGCUGCUGGACCCAGGAUCACUGCCAGCGAGUUUGCCCGACGACGUGUAAGUACAGAGCCUGCACGAAGAACCUCCUCUGCUGCCAUGAGGAGUGUCUGGGCAGCUGCUCGGAGCCCGACGACCCCCGCAAGUGCGUGGCGUGCCGGAACUUCCUCCACCAGGGCAGGUGUGUCGCCGCCUGCCCCAAGGGCUUCUACCGCUUCGAGAGCUGGCGCUGCAUCCCCUUCGAGUUCUGCCAGGAGCUGCACAACAAGUGCAAGAACCCGCAGGAGGGCUGCGACCAGUACGUCAUUCACAACGGGGAGUGCAUCCCUGAGUGUCCAUCGGGAUACACCAUGAACGCCACCACCUUGACCUGUACCCCGUGCGAUGGGCUGUGUCCGAAGAUCUGUCAGUUUGGAGAUAAACCCAAAGUCAUCGACUCGGUCACAGCCGCACAGGAGCUCCGCGGGUGCACUGUGAUCAAUGGGAGCCUGGUCAUUAACAUGCGCGGAGGGAAUAACAUUGCCGCGGAGCUAGAAGCUAACCUGGGGCUGAUCGAGGAGAUCACUGGCUUCCUGAAGAUCCGCCGCUCCUACGCGCUCGUCUCCUUGUCUUUCUUCCGCAAACUCAAGCUGAUCCGGGGGGAGAUGCAGGAGGCUGGGAAUUUCUCCUUCUAUGCAUUGGACAAUCAGAACUUGCGUCAGUUGUGGGACUGGUCGAAACACAACCUCACCAUCAGCCAGGGCAAGCUGUUCUUCCAGUUCAACUCCAAACUGUGCCUGUCAGAGAUCUACAAGAUGGAGGAGGUGACAGGGACCAAGGGGCGGCAGGAAGGCAACGACAUCGCUGUGAAAAACAACGGAGACCAAGCCUCAUGUGAAGACAAGGUUCUGAAUAUCACUUUGAUUAAAACGAGGUCUGAUAUGAUCAUCGUCAAAUGGGAGCCGUUCUGGCCCCAGGAUUACCGGGAUCUGCUUGGGUUCAUGGUCUUCUACAAAGAGGCACCUUAUCGCAACUUGACAGAGUUCGACGGGCAGGACGCCUGCGGCUCCAACAGUUGGGCGAUAGAGGACGUCGAUACCCCCUCUCGUACAGCAGACCCCAAAUCCUUACCAGGGAAGCUCCUCAUUGGGCUGAAGCCUUGGACUCAGUAUGCCAUUUUCGUCAAGACCCUCAUCUCCUCUACUGAGGAGCGCCAGGUGUACGGAGCAAAAAGCGCAAUCAUAUACGUGCGAACCAACGCCAGCGCACCGUCGGUCCCGCUGGAUCCCAUUUCCUCCUCAAACUCCUCGACCCAGAUUAUCCUGAAGUGGAAGCCGCCCUCGGAAUCGAACGGGAAUAUCACCCACUACCUGGUCUACUGGCAGCAGCAGCCAGAGGACAGCGAGCUGUACAGGUUCGAUUACUGUCAGAAAGGGCUGAAGGUGCCGUCCCGUGCACCUACUAAGACAGACAGCGAGGAGACGCACAAGCGCAAUCAGACGGAGGACUUUGAUCAAUCAGGAGGGUGCUGCACCUGCCCCAAGACCGACUCGCAACUCAAACGAGAGGCGGAGGAAUCAGCGUUCAGGAAAAAGUUUGAAAACUACCUCCACAACGUGGUGUUCGUGCCCAGGCCUGCCCGUCGGCGCAGGGAACUAGGUGCUGCGGCAAACAGCAGCUUCCCUGGGGAUCUAACCACGCCAGCCAUCGUUUCCAACACCUCCAUCGACACCUCCACCACGGACAGCCCCAGCGAGGAGUACGUGAAGCUGUCCGAGAAGGUCUGGUUCAAGGAGUCCCUGGUCAUCUCCAACCUGCGGCAUUUCACUGGCUACCGGAUCGAGAUCCACGCCUGCAACCACAACGCCGAGAACGUGGGCUGCAGCGUGGCUGCGUACGUCAGUGCCAGGACCAUGCCUGAGGACAAGGCUGAUGACAUCGUUGGGCCAGUGACGCACGACGUCUUGGAGAACAACGUCGUGUUUGUCAAGUGGACGGAACCCAAAGACCCGAACGGCCUGAUAAUCCUGUACGAGAUUCAUUACAAGAGGCUUGGAGAGACCGAGGAGCUGCACCAGUGUGUCUCUAGGAAGAGCUAUGCUACUGAUCAGGGGUACAAGCUGCAAGUGCUGCACUCGGGGAACUACUCCAUCCGAAUCAGAGCAACCUCGCUGGCUGGGAACGGCUCGUGGACGGAGCCAGCCUACUUCUACGUUAAAGAUUACAGGGAUAACCAUUCGAACCUGGCGAAGAUCGUCAUCGGGCCGGUAAUCUGCAUCAUUCUGGUUCUCGGAGCGGCAGGGGUCGUCUUCAUGGUGGUGAAGAAGAGGCAAACAGAAGGACCAACAGGACCACUCUAUGCCUCAUCUAACCCAGAGUACCUCAGUGCUAACGAUGUGUACGUGCCAGAUGAGUGGGAGGUUCUCCGUGAAAAGAUUACUAUCCUGCGAGAGCUGGGCCAGGGCUCCUUCGGCAUGGUGUACGAAGGAAUCGCAAAGGACAUCGUGAAAGGAGAGCCGGAAAUGAGGGUCGCUGUGAAGACGGUUAACGAGUCCGCCAGCCUGCGAGAACGCAUUGAAUUCCUCAAUGAGGCUUCGGUCAUGAAAGCAUUCGUCUGUCAUCACGUGGUGCGUCUGCUGGGCGUGGUGUCCAAAGGCCAGCCCACGCUGGUUGUGAUGGAGCUGAUGACCCAUGGUGAUCUGAAGAGUUACCUGCGCUCACUGCGGCCCGAGGCAGAGAAUAACCCGGGCAGCCCUCCUCCUACACUGAAAGAGAUGAUCCAGAUGGCAGCGGAGAUAGCUGAUGGCAUGGCAUACCUCAACGCAAAGAAGUUUGUUCACAGAGACCUGGCAGCGAGAAACUGUAUGGUGGGGGAGGACUUCACUGUUAAAAUAGGAGAUUUUGGAAUGACGAGAGACAUCUACGAAACCGAUUACUACCGGAAAGGAGGGAAAGGGCUGCUGCCAGUGAGAUGGAUGGCUCCAGAGUCCUUGAAAGACGGAGUCUUCACAGCACAUUCAGACUGCUGGUCUUUUGGAGUGGUGCUGUGGGAGAUCAGCACAUUGGCAGAGCAGCCGUAUCAGGGUCUGUCUAAUGAACAGGUAUUGAAAUUCGUCAUGGACGGGGGAUAUCUGGACCGCCCGGACAACUGCGCAGAGAGGCUGCACAACCUGAUGCAGAUGUGCUGGCAGUACAACCCCAAGAUGCGACCCACCUUCCUGGAGAUCAUGGAGAUGAUGAAGGACGACCUCCACCCCAGUUUCCAGGAGCUGUCCUUCUUCUACAGCGAAGAGAACAAACCCCCGGAGAACGAGGAGUUCGACAUGGACUUUGAAAACAUGGAGAACAUUCCUCUGGACCCAGCCUCCUACUCCCAGAGAGAGAACAGCUUGGGAAGGGACAACGGGCUGAGGGGGAACUAUGAGGAGCAUGUGCCCUACACGCAUAUGAACGGGGGCAAGAAGAACGGGCGGAUCUUAUCAUUACCCAGGUCCAGCCCAUCCUAACAUUUUCUGUUCACUUUGUUUUUUUUAAGGCCCUACAACACAUCUCAGGACUUUUUACUUGGCUGCCACAGUGUGAGACACAGGAUGCAAAGUUUGUAUUCAUAAUAUUUUUUAAUUAUCAUCCUUUUUUUUUUUUUUUUUUUUUAUUGCCAAGUUUUCCGACUGGUCAGUGGAAUUAACUGUGAGAACCCGUUAUCAAAAGGCUGCUAAAAAAAAAAACCCCGAAAAACUCGCGCCAUCCCACCACCGACCUCCUUCUAGUAAAUCCAAUGGUUUUAAGAGGAAGUGACCUUGAUCUCUGUGGCCUGAAAACAACAGCAAUUUAUUAUUUUCCUUAAAACAAACAGUUUCACUGAUUUACACGAGACACCGGCAUAGGCAGUAUCUCGUGGAACAAAACUCAUCUACUCAAAAAAGGAAAAAAAGGUAUUUUUUUUUGUUCUGCAGAAUUCCAAACUUCACACAGAUCUCUUUUGAUUGUUUUUAUUUUGUUUACUCACGUUACCGGCUGAAGGAUUAUUAUUAUUAUUAUUAUUAUUAUUAUUAUUAUUAUUAUUAUUAUUAUUAUUAUUAUUAUUAUUAUUGUUUUAAAGUGAUUGGACGGAAAUAAUUCCUCAGAUUGACCAAUAGCUGCUGCUUUGACAUUUAGUGUGUAUACAGUAGAAGAUCAUUAUAUAUAUUGUGGUGUGUUUUUUUUGUACAUAAUUUGAUGUGUUAAUGUUUUUACCACAGAGGCUUUUCUUUUCUUCAAAGCCUGUUUUUAUUUUUUUGUCUGAGUCUUUUUGUUGUUUUGUCCCCCGUCCCGCAACCCAAAAAUCUAAUUCAUUAUUUUUAUAAUGAUCAGACUGCCAAGCAAAGUGUAGUCUAGGCUUCACUGGAGGAGUAUUCUGUUCUCAGACGCUGAGACAUGCCAUUAAUAACCAGAGGUUCAUAUACAGACAUGUAGGAUCUGGUUCAUUCACGACGUUUAAAACCGAGUACAAAAAAAAAAAAAAAAAAGUCUUGUUAAGACUGCACGGACCCUAUUCACUAUUACUUAAAGGUUUAUUUAAAUUCUGUUUGAUAUUCAGUAACUGAUCGAGGCUCUCUUUUAAACAACAGUGUCAAAAAGUGAAUAGAAAGUCUCUUCAAAUGCAGCAGGUUUCACAUCCCUGCUUAGUAAUAAUCCUGGCCUAGCGCAUGUUACUUCAGGAAUGAGCUAACUGGAGCCACGCAUGUUUAGAGCUUCUAAAUAGGACUCUGUUUCAGUAGCAGCAGGCAACCUUACAGAUACAGAACAACAUGGACAGCAACAAUGCGACCAUGCUUUUACAACAUGGAUAGCAACAAUGUGACCAUGCUUUCCACUGAAGCCUUGUCAGGUCUGGUUAGCAUUGUGGUUUGCCUGUGUCCUGUGGGGUAGGGUUUGGGAUUUGGUGAUAGACCUGAAGUUCUGUAGAUCUGGCAGGAAUGGAGCAUGUCAGAUGAAUUUUUUUUUUUUUUUUUCAAGACGUUUUUUUCCGUCGCGUUUGCAGUAGGCGUCUGUGUAACGUGAUCUCCGGGUCAGACAAGCUUGUACUUGUAGCGCUUUCUUGAAUAUCUGCGGGUUUCCAGCGGGGUCUCAUUUCUACGUGUGCUUUGCAUCCUUCUUUUUUGUUAUUUUUUUUUUCUCAGUCUUGUAUGCUCAGCACCAACUCAAAUUACUGUGUCACAGUUCUGAAGUGACAGGGUCAGAGGGAUACAGACACAGGACCCAAGGGGAAUUGAAUGUACUUUUUUUGUUUUUGUUUUAUAUAUGUAUUUGAGCCGCUAUCAGAAACCAGCAUUGUGCAGCAGAUCUAAUUCAGUACAGCACCACAAAAUGUAAUCGGUUUUGUGUUUUAAAAUCAGUCCCCUCCCUCCAGCCCCCUUCAGGGUUGCGUUGUGUAGCUUGUUUGUUUAUUUUUCAUUAUCUCGGGAAUUGUGUAAAUAUAUUAGCCGUCUCAAAGUCGUGCCUUUUCAUUAAGAGGCCUAUACUUAAAACAGUUGAGGGAUGUACCUGCUAAAAGCUUUUUUUUUUUCUGUGAAAAGAUAUAUCUUUGUAAGCUUCAAAUCUCUCUUUUUUUUGGUUUUUUCUUUGAGUGGGUUUUAUUUUUCAAUGGAGCAUUUAGCAAUGAAAGUUUCUUAUGAACCUAAGCUUAUAAAGGUGCAGUAUACUCCAAUGUGUUCGAUUUAACAAAACAUAAUUGGUAAACGCUUACCAGCAAUACUCCAGGUAUCUUUUAAGAUGGAUGCUAGCACACUGUAAUUUGUCUCCAGUGUGUGGACACAUCUGCAAAGCAGCUUAGUUGAGGCAGUCCGCAGUGCGACUUCUUCUGAAGUGUAUGGAACAAUCUUGCAAACUCUUAGGACUUGAAAAUCAAUGAAGUAAAACCAAUUCUUUCAAAUACAACAGCAACAAAAAACGACAGUGUAAAGGUUUGACUCGUUGUGUGUAUCUCCAAGGGUUAAACCAGCAUGGGGAUACUGCUUGCUUAUCAGUGAGGUUUAACGUUUGGGGUGUUUCCACAGUAAGGUUGAAUAUCGUAAGCAUUAAGUUCAGUGAUUUCAAAUUUUUAUUUUUUUUAUAACAAACAAAUCUCGUCUACUGCACUUAGUGGUCACAGCAGAGUAAGUUUGAGGUCACAUUUACAGAAUUGCUACAUUUAUAUAUAGAUAUCUUUUUUUCUUGCUUUGUAAAUACUGUGUAAUGUUAAUUUUAACUUGUAUGGUGCCUAGUUUUAGUUGAAAGAAAGAAAAAAAAAAAACUAUGGAGUCUAAUAAAUAUGUCAGCAGCUCUAACACUACAUUAGCUGAAUAAUAAUUCUCACAGUUUUGUAAUUCAGAAGAUUCUUAUAUUUGGAAAAUACAGAAAUUAAUAUUUUAUUUAUUUUAAUAUGAUAGAAAUCACUGUACAACCCCGAUUUGCAUUUUAUUAAAGACAUAAAAAAAGUAAGAUACAGAGCAUGUACAUUUGUUUAUAUAUAUAUAUAUAUAUAUAUAUAUAUAUAUAUAUAUAUAUAUAUAUAUAUAUAUAUAUAUAUAUAUAUAUAUAUAUAUAUAAAAAAGUAAGGAGUUGAAACAGUGGUGCGAAAAUUUUUAUUUUCUGUUCUGGCACAGUCUACCUCAGUGUAUUGUUAGGAUAGUCGUAGUACAGUUAACACAGAACAUCUCCUGGCAUGCCACAGUAUUCUGAUCAAGACCCACUGUAAUUAAUGACAGAUCCAGCAGCAUCCAGAGUGGCGGGUACACCGAGAAAUACUUGGCAGGCACCUGGAACUAAUUUAUUUACAGAACAUGCAUUUACAUUGAUGGCCGGUUAGUACAUAAACUAAAAUAAUGACGUUAUUAAAGAGAAGGGCAAUAGAUGUCCAGCAGAUUACAGCAGUGCUUUGUAUCGUCAUGCAUGCAUUGUCCUUUUUUCCCCCAAAUGUCUCUUGUUACCAGCAAUGGCAGCAAUUUGUAUUCCAACGUCUCGGUUUCAAUAUGAUUAAUCUGUAAAAGAAAAUGCCAAAGGUUAUUUUUUAUUUUUUCAGUCUUGUACUGUAAUCUGAAAAUAUGAACUGUUAUUUUGGCAUGCAGUACACAAGACCAUUUUGCAGAGUUGAGUCUUUCCUUGUUCAGUCGUUUCUAGUGAGUCAGGAUUCCUAGACCUCUAAAGAAGGCGUUGAAAAGGUUAAAAAGUAUAUAUCUUACCUCAUCUUUACCAUUGGACUAUUUGAUAACAAGGUCUUGCCUUAGAUUUUAAAAACAAUGCAUGCUAUAUUUCUGUAUGCACAUGCAGUACCUUUUUUUAUUCAGAAUGACCACACUUGUAUUGUCAAAGCAAAUCUAAAUGAAUUUUUAAAACAGGAUUUUCAAUAUGUGCAGCACAGAGGGGGAGGGCUUUCUAGAAGUGUCUUCUGGAUUUUGGAUUGGUGUCAAACUCGUAUUGAGUUUGUAACUUGAUAUCCCUGGAUCCCUCUAGUGUAUUUUUUUUUUUUUUAAUAACAAAACACACACGCACUCAGUAUCACAAUGUCACAGACACUGGUACCUCAGUGUGUCACGCAGUCCAGUAACAUUGUGAAAAAAGGGGCUUCUGCAUUCAGCAUGUGGGUCAGGCAGUCCAUUCGCAGACACACACACACACAUCUAUAUAUACAUGCAGGAUGUGCUCGCUCAUGCCGCUGGGUUCUAUAGAGUGUGUUUACAGCAGGUUUGAUCCGCAGGUGCCUCUCUGACUGUGGUAGUGAACGGGACUCUUGCAUGGAAUACCAAGCCAUGCUCCUGCUCUGUCCUUCCACAGGCCAGUGCCGCAGGACUGCCGGGGGUUGUGUUAGUAGGCAAAAGAAAACUAUUAAAACUCUAAAUUCUGCAACAGUUAUGUUCUAAGCCAGGUCUUUGUUCCAAUCUAGUCCUAAAUUAAUAAACGAACCCUUGCCUGUUAAAUAAACUAAUAAAUAUCAGGGCCAUUUGGAAAACUAACCAACAGUUGAAGCCCAAACUUUCACACUGUCUAUUUUCACCUUCAGAAGCAGUCGCAGACGACCCAUAAAGCAGUCCAGUGACUGCUGUGGAUUCAAUGAUUUGUCUUGCUAGUACUGUAAUCGUUCUAUACAGAAUCACAGAACCCAUGUUGGAGAUGAGCGUUGUUAUUAUGAGCCCUUUUCCUGCAAGCAAAUAGCUGAAAACCAAAACUGCAGGAGCAGUCCUGCCCCUUUUCGAGUUUCACAAUUUUAAGAGAGAAAUGAAAUCCCGGACAAGCUGUUUCACUUCAGGGCACCAUCAGUUGCAGGUCCCUUGAAAUUGCAAACCCAGCUAACAUCCAAGUUGAACAGACAGAUUUUCACUGGUCAGCGACAUUCAAAAAGAUCGGCUUACCCUUCAAACCAAGCGUGACGUGGCAAUGUUUCGGUUCCCUGCUUGUAAGUUUGUUUUUUUUAUUAAAUAAUAAGUGUCUUGUGAAAAGAUAGCUUUUUGUCGCUGGAAGGGCAGUGUAAAGAUGUUGUAAUAUUAGACAAGCCUAUUGUUUUCCAUGGUAAGAUGCAUUUGAGAAAUUACAGGGGGAAAAAAAUCCCAGUCCUGAUUCUCAGUGCAGACGGUUGCUGUGAGCUGUGUUGUAAAUAAGGGUGGUGGAAGCUUCAAGAGAAAAUAUUCAAAUGUUAAAUCGAAGCUUUUUUUACCUUCUGAAAAAUAUCAGGCUCAAAAGUGGCACAACGCCUUUUUGCAUGGAGUAUUGUGUGACUAAAAGUCCUCAGCUUUAUGCAAAAUCUUAAGGAAGCCCUCUGACAUGUGGUCCAAAAAAAGCAGGCCUUGGUUUUUUUUUUUUUUUUUAAUUGUAUAUUUUACUGUGAAUAUACCAAGAGACCGUGGAUACUAAGCAGAUUCGCCAGGAUUUUGCAGCGGAUUUUUUCGACAUCAGAAACUGCACGCCUCCCUAACGUGGAACUAAAGACUGGAACUAAAGUAUUUAAAAAAAAUAAAUAUAAAAAAGAAUAAGACAUUUAUAGUACCAGGACAAUCUUGUGUGCCAUAACAAUACAAACGUUAGCGAGGCAUGCACAAAGGACUGAGCGAAAUCCUUGCCUGCUCUCCAAGUCCUAGCCACCCACCCAGUUUUAUUGCAAUCUACUGCUGGAUCCAAAUAAUAUACAACACAACAAAACCUGUCUGCUUCCUCAGACAUCGCCCCACAUGGUUGUUCUGCACAUUUACCCAGCGCGAAAGGGUCUUGGAUCAGAAUAAAGAAACUGGCUCUACAGGAGUAUUGAAAGUUUUUAAGAUAUUGUGAUUGUAUUAUUAUUUUUUAAGAUUCUAUGUGCUUACACAUCAAAGGCCAAUGUGAGGUUGUUUAGAUACCCUUCUGCUUGGCUCAGUGUUACUGUAUUUGGAUAUGUGAAUUAUUUUUCAAGGAGGAAAAAAAUAACAAAACAACAAACUUGUUUCUACUUGGCUAAACCUGGCUUGCUUUGUUUAAAAAUAACAAUUUGAAUAACCGUACGCCAUGCAAAAAUUAAGUAAAUAAUAUGACACGGCGCGAGUCUUAUUUUUACAUGUUUAUUAAGAAAAGAUCAUGAAUGCAUGAAUUCUCCUCAAAACUUGUGAAGUUCCCAUAAUGUAAAUAUUUUCUAUAUGUGUCCCGUAACUGAUUUGAGACGCUUCAAAAGGGUGUGGAAAUAAGCACUUGUAUAAUAUUCAGGUCUGUUAUUUUAGCCACAAUAAGCUCAACAGCAAAGCAAGCUGGACGCUAAAGCAUGGUUUGAGGCAAGGCAUUUAUGUAUUGUAUUGUUAAAAAAAAUAAUAAUAAUUAUUACUUUUACAUAUGUUAAUUUUCAACUUUUUUUUUUUUUUUGGUUGCCAAAAAUAGGGAAAGGCAAAAAAAAAAAUUAAAAAAGAGUAAGCAAGUUUCUACCUGUAAACUUUUACUUCUCUUGUAACAUAACGAUGUAUAUAGCUUUUACUAAAUAAAACAAAAGUGAGAUGUCCUUUGCUCAUGCCACCACCCCCUCCAGUCUGGGAAUUGUGACAAAUGUAUAAUAGGGUUUUAAACAGAGCAGAGCAGCAAACAUCUUUAAAAACGGUGUCACCUGCCUGGAAAUCUAGUGGUAUCCCAUGAUUCCUGUCCUUUUAAAAUCUUCAGAGAUUCUUGUCAAGUACCUGACUAUUUAUUUAGCACUUAUCAGAAGUGAUCGAGCCCGUUGUCUGGGUUUUACCUGCGGGUAUCUUCAAUAUAUGCCCUUGCAAUGUCGUUUCUUUUCCUGUCACUUAAUGCCAGAUAGGAAGUGUUCUGUGUUUUUAUUUUGUUACCAGACGCUUCUUUUUCAGGAACGUGCUUCGUGGGGAGAAGAGGAAUCCCGUUUGCUUCGAAAUGUGUAAACUGGAAAUGAGCUCUUUUCAGACUGAUAACAUUAAAAAAAAAGCUGCUUCAACUCCACAAUGUAAUAUCUGUCUGUGUGGGAUUACCGACUUACGAUAUGGUAUUCCUGUCUGCAAGGCUGUAAUCGCAUAGCCAUUAACACUAGGUCUAACACAUGAUGAGCCAGAUUCACAGUGCUGCAGUGCAUAUUUAUAGAGCAGAAGAGGUGGCUCGUUUACGCACACAGUCAAGCUUGGACUGAAUCCAGAUCCUCUGCAGUGAAUCUGACUAAAUAGACCACCCCCAUUAAGUUAAAACACUGCUCCCUUCCAGUUUACACAUAAUAAAAAGGUGCCCCCCCUUCCCCCCCGCCCCUUUUAAGUGUUCUGUAUUGCUGUUGGAUAAGUCUUUGCCAUAGUUUUAUUUUUUCUCUCUGUUUUAUAAUGCUGCUCUUUUUUUUCUUUGUGCACAUAGACAGCCUCAGAAUGCUUGAGUAGCCUCGCAGGAUACCUCUCGUUUUUAAUUUUUAAGAUAUAUUUAAGAAAAAAAAAAAAAAAAAAAAAAAAAAGGAUCAAAAUGUGCCAUGAUUAAAAUAACGCUUGACGAUUUAUUUUUUCAAUGUUUUCAAGUAGAGCCAAGCAGAGACAUGUACAGAAAAUAUGUUGGAAUGAUGAGAAAAAAAAAAUAAAAAUCUUGCUGUGUGUAAAUUAUUCAAUGAUUAACUGUUUAUAUUAAAAUUAUGAAUAAAAUGAUCGGAGAGUG